GAUACGUGAACCGUAUAACCCGAGUUUACGGAGCCGGAUAUUUUUCACGAAUUGGAGGUGACGAGAAAGACGCUAGCAGAGAGGGAGAGACUGCCGUUGAGAAGUUUCUAUACGACGGUGUGACGAAACAGCCUUGUCAAAAAUGGCGACAUCAGAAGACGUCCCAAUGGUAGUACCACAUGAAGACAGUACAGCGACCGUUACUAUCGCCACGGAAACCGAUAAACCGGGAAAACUGGAUUUAACAAACUCUGGGGCAGAUUACCGAUAACGCUGUUGCCCCUGGAGACGAUCUCGUCAUGAAUGGUUCAGUCACCGGGGAAAAAGAGAGCACGGUUUCCCCCGCAACGACCCUGCCACGACCCCCGAGAAUGGGGUGGGGCUUGUUGUCACGGUGUGUGGGACAACGGAGGCGGGGGAGGAGGUGUGUGUGACAGUGGGAAGGGAGAGGGGGGAGGGGAGGGAGAGGGGAGAGGGGAGAGAGAGAUCUGGGUCCUUACCAAAUGGACAACUGUCCAGUACAGCAUUUCCAAGACAACACCGGCACAAUCGUUCCUUUUCCUCCGCUCGCUCUGGGAGACUGUCUCCUUAUGGCUCUGAGGGU